AUGACCCCUUCUGCCCGCCGCAUGUCGCAUUCAGCGUCACCCCACGUGAACCUUCACUGUCUUCAAUGCGACAGUCAAAUCGGCAUCUUCGCCAACGAAUGGAUCCGCCUCACCAGUUCGUUCGUUCAUCCUGCUCACCCUGGCACUCACUUCGGGACCGAGAUCGCGACCAACAAAACACAAGUCGUCCCUGAAGGCGUCGUUCAACAGGCCCUCGAGGGAUGCACGCUUGCCGAAGUGUUCUGCACAAAAUGCUCGGCGGCAGUAGGCCACUAUUGCAAGGCCAUUCCUACAGCCGCCCAGAGAAAUAUGUUAAACCAAUAUCUAUACAAACUGUCGAGGACAUACUUGAAGAGUAGCGAGACUAAUAUGCAGGUUGAUCCUGUGUUUGGCUACGGCGGGGACAUUGUCAGACCAACUGCAAGUUCGCAUGCCACCUCUGGAGUGAACCUCACCGCCCCUGCGCGCUACUCUGAUACCCCCUUCACGAGAGAAGCGACGCCACCGCAUCUCCAGACCAUGAAUAAAUCUCAAAGGCGAUCUUCCGCACGCAUGUCGCUGCAAAACAACCAGAGAACUCCUUCAGUGCGAGCGGCAGCAAACAUCGAACCCCAAGACUCAACAGGACCUAGACACGCUAUACAGGAUACGAUGCAGGAUACGCACUUGGGAUUUCAGGAUGGGCGAAUAGCAGACCAAGCGGCCAAGACACUGGAGCACGAUGCCCAGAUCCGAGCCAUCUCCUCGGUUUUGGAGACGUUUCGCGAAACCCUAGUCGAGAUCAAAACGUCCAUCGAAGAGUUGAAGUCUCAAAUCUCCCCCGCUGGCCCCGAUAAGCCUACGCAAAUCGACUUCCUGGGCGACAUCCAGACAAUGAUCACGACUUUCAAGUUGGCUCAGGCGAAUGCGCAAGAGCUAGAAGAACUUCGCGCCGAAAACGCCGCACUUAGAGCCAAGUGGAAUAUCGUGCAAUCGGCCAUGAUCACUGCCACUGGACAAACAACCCCGGGCUCAUCAGUCGAAGAACCCCAUAGGAACAGCUUGGGCAAACGCAAGCGCGAUAGCGACGGCCCAAGAUCAAGCGUGAUGAUGCCACCAGCUACAGUACCCCAAAAUCGGUCUCAUUACUUAGAGAACGUUUCGUCGUCUACGCAGAUGCUCACUCCGCAGUCUAGCAACCACUCGGACAUGCAAUCUGCCGAUGACUCCACUAGCUCCAGAAUAUCGACGCCAGAGCAACUUCUAGGCAGAUCGAACAGCCACGAUGUCCCUGGCUGCAAUGGUCCAUACGCGACUGAAGACACCAUUCCCCCCAAAAAGGCAUGCUUGCGGAGAAGCCUUAGGAUUCGUCUGCCAUCAAAUCAUGACCGGCAUACAGAGAAUACAGGCUCAGUUGCGUGCCCUGUGCCAGCUGGAGCCUUCGACGCCGAUACUCAAGCAACUGGCAUUGUCUUGGACGGACAUGAAACUCAACAGCAACCCACUCCAAGGCUUGUUGAGAGCUCGUUGGCCUCGUCGGGGCAAGACGAUUGCUCUCAAGGACCUAACCUUAUUGUGCCUGCAACCGGCUCCGAGAACGACAAAGCCCAGCAACAAGGGGAUAGGGAAACUACCGGCCCAGAAGAUGGUGGGCGACUGUUUGACAGCAGUGAGGGGCCGCCAAUGGACGUUAAUCCUCUAGACACCUCGGAAGUCGAGUCGUCGAUCAGGAAAACCAUUGAAUUCGGAGAUGACAAUCAGGGACGUUCACCCACCUCUCUGGACACUCCUGGAGACGAUACAACGGGCCUGGGCACGGAAGAAAAUACUGAAGCAUCCGCGGUGGAUCACGGCACUGCACAAUCUGUACCUGCCAGGCGAACACGUAGCAAAAAGAAGGUGGAAUCAACGCGAGACAAGUUCGAUAGCAUCAUGGACAGCCGGAGGAGCGUUGCUCCUGAGCCAGCGGCACUACGCCGUACCAUUCCCCGCCGACGUCGUGCGAACCAGCGGGGACGGUUUGAACACGCGACACCGGAAUCGAUAGAGCAAGGGUUAAGGGAGCUGGAGACCUCCAAAGGACCUCGACAAUCCAAGCCUCACAUUCAAACAACCACCAGGAUCCUCAACGAAGAGCUGAGGGAACUCGGUCUGGAGGAUUGGAUCGAGCGAGAUAAGGAUGAUCCUGAGUACAAAAGGGUCGUGGAAGAGGCCAGGGAACGCAAACGAGAACAGAUGAGAUUGGCUGCAUUAGCGAGCCGCGGAAUCAGUCUUCCAGGUCCCUCUACAGAGGGUGACCAACCAGAGCAAAUCCCCACUCUAGAGGAUGCCUUUCACCAGGCCGCCGACGCUCUGGGCGACGUUAGCAACGAUGAAAAUGGUGGAAACCCGAUAAAACCCUCAAGCGUCUCAGAGGUGGCAGCUAGACGGGCGAAGGCGUUCGGACCGCGCAGGAAGAACCGUGAACAACGAGAGGAGGAGAUCCGCCAAAGGGACAUGCUAGCCAAAGAAGCAAUGGAUAUGAAUGAUUAG